UUGGUUCACAACUGGUGGGAAAAGGAAAGGGAAAGGGAAAGGGAAAGGGAAAGGGACCAGCUUUCUAUCGUCCUAGCUAUCAUAUCAUACCCCUAUCCUAUCCUCUCACUCUCCCAUCUGUUUCACAUUUUAUCACCACUUAACAUAGGACUGUUACACCAAGAUUAACAUGUCUUUUCAGCCUCAUUAAGCUUGCUUUCCUGCUCAUCAUUACAGGUUGACAAUCUCAACUACCUUUAUCUACACGCCAAAUAUACACAUACUACUCUCUCUCUCUCUCUCUUGUAUCAGAGGAGAAGAUGGAAAACAAGGAGGCAGCGAUGAAGUGGGAGCAAGAAGCGGUGGAGGAGCUAGUAGAGGAUGAAACCCGUCUCAUAGUGAGAAAAUCAACGCACAGAAAAGACAACGAAGCCGCUGAAAUUUCUGCUCUUGACAACAUUGCACAAGUGAGCAAUGGAGUUUCUGAGAGUAAUGGCCACGCAGGUGAGGCUGCAAAUGGCGUUCAAAAUGGAGACUUUUGCCAUGGGGAAGAGCUGAAAGUAGAGGAGCCGGGUAGGGUUCAUAAUAUAGAGCAGUCUGGUGGGGUUUUUGAGGUUGGUUCGAAUGGGGCUAUAGAAGAAGAUUCAACUCACGAACCUGGCAGAGAGGAGGAGCUUGAUCUUGAAGGGGUUCCCUCAACUGGGCCAGAAGGCAUAAAUGGGGACCCGAAACCAGAGAAUGUUCUGAUUUUCUAUGAUAGGGAUGAAGGGAUAUGGAAGUGUCGAAUUUGCUCUUGGACAUACCGGAAUGAGAGUAUCUGUGUUGACCAUAUUCAGAAUCAUAAAGGGCAAAUGCAUAAGCUGAUGAAUGUCAAAACUUUGAAUUUUGAAUCGGAAGGUGUUGAAUCUACUCACACACAUAUUGCAAAGCAAACUUUGAAGGAUCCUGAGGAUGACACUGCAUUCAAAAUCACAUCUCUCGAUUCCCUCAUUCAGAAUCAGGACACACCAGCAAUAACGAGUACAUUCGAGGCACAUAUUGAGAACGAUAACUUUCUGUCUUCAAAUACACAGCCCUCCCAAAAUCUGUUCCAAGAUCAUGGUGGGAGUCACCAGUCAUCUACAGAAAUACAAAGUGUGGAGGUAGAUCUGAUAAAUGAGGAUGAUCUGGAAGUAGAAGAAUUUGAUGUAGAAAGGGUGUUGCAAAAGCAAGCCACGCAUGAUUUGUACUGUCCUAAUUGCAACUCUUGCAUCACAAAGAGAGUCAUACUUCGCAAACGAAAACGCAGAAAUCGAAUUUCUGAUGAAGAUGUACAGCGAAAUAAAAAGGAGUUUGUGCUUACCUCCAAAUUAGAUGCACAUACAGUUCAGUUGCCAAGGGAUCAGAUUCAGCACAAUGAUGAAGUGGGUGAAAAUGUUGAUCAACUUAUAAGAGUAGACGAGGAUGAUCGUAGUCAAGGGCCUGCUAUAUUUAGAUGCUUGUCGUGUUUCAGCUUUUUCAUACCAAUCGGGAAUGGUUUGUCCAAAUUAUUUGGAGAAAAAAAAGGUAAAGAAGAUGUGGUUGAUGAACAAAUUUCAAAUAUGAAAGAGAGGGGGUCUUCCUCCAAGUUUGCAUCAACAAAGCAGAAAACUGUAGCUGAGCAAGGAAGUAGUUCUCAGACUGAUGCUGGAGUUGUAGCAUCAUCCAACUUGAAUGGCCAAAUUGGCCAACCAUCAGUUGUAGCAAAAAGUGAUGGCCUUUCUCUUGAUUUUGAGGGAAAUGAAGAAAUAACUGAAAACAAUGAUACUCUGAAAAGCAGACCUGAGAUUUUAAGUAUUCCACAGCAAAUACCUUUAUCAAAUGGAAAAGUAACCAUUGCCAUCAGAGAUAAAUCAGAUACGGAGACAAAUGGCAGAGUUGAUGCAGCAAUGGAAAACUUUGAUUUGCAUACCAAAGAUCAGCUUAACGAACCAAAGUACGCUAGUCCGGAAAGCAAUCAGUCAGUAACAUCAGUUCCCAUUAUAAAUCAAUUUACUAAUGAGGAAUCUGUGGAGGAUGCUGUCUCAUAUCCUGAGGACUGCGGAUUGAAGUUGCUAAUUUCCUCAAAUAAUGGAUGCCUAGCUUCUGAGGAUUCAGAGAAAAGCCAAAUAGCAAAUCAGUCAAUGCAGCUAGGAGGUGCAGUGAAUGGAGCAUCUACAGAUAAGGAGGCCAUCCACGUCUCAGCUGCAUCACUUUCAGUACUCAAUGUGGCGGAUGUGAACGGCCAAAUGAAUGCUUCUCUAUCUGUGGUGUUUGAAAAGAAUGCCAAGGAUGCUGCUCCCAUUGAAUCUGUUCUCGAGAAUAAAAAUCCCAACUUCAGAAACAACGAAAAAAGUGGGGAAGUCUAUCCAUCUGAAGUGCCUCAACUUAUAUUCACCAAAACAAAGUUAGAAGUCCCCUCCAACAGGUCGCCUAACGUCGACAAUGUUUCAUAUUCUCCAGCAGGACAAGGCAAGGAUGCUGUGAUAAUGAUAGACGCCGCACAGCCCACAGAAUCAUCUGAAAUUGUGCCAGAUGUAAUCCAUCCGACAGAAACAACUUUAUCACAAGCCACCACUCAAACUAGCAUUGCUGGUAGAGACGGGAGAAAAGAAACUGAAAUCGAAGUGAUUAAAAGUAUAGUGUAUGGUGGCCUUGCUGAGUCGAUUACUAGCCUGAGUGUUGUAUCCUCUGCAGCUGGCGGUGGUGCUGCCACAUUGAAUGUAUUAGCUCUGGGAAUGGCCAAUCUCAUUGGGGGACUUUUCGUAAUCUGUCACAAUAUUUGGGAACUAAGGGGUGAGCGCAAAGAGCAGUUCACCAAUCGAAUUUCAGGAGUAGCUGAUGAAGGAGUUCGCUACAAAGAACUCCUAGGACGGAGGGAGAAUUUCAUACUCCAUGCCACAGUUGCCAUAAUAUCGUACCUGGUAUUCGGCUUGGUGCCUCCAGCUGUGUAUGGUUUCACAUUCCGCAAGACUGAUGACAAGCAACUCAAGCUGGUGGUGGUGGCUGCGGCUUCCAUAAUGUGCAUAGCUGUACUGGCAAUCGGGAGGGCCUAUGUGCGGAGACCCCCAAAACCAUACCUGAAAACGGUUUUGCGCUUUGUGAUUCUGGGGUUUAUGGUCUCAGGUGUUGGUUACGCUGCUGGUGAUCUGGUGGCGAGGCUCCUGGAGAAGCUUGGCCUUUUCCAGUCGGAUACGGGUAUGGCUUUAGGCUUGCUUUCUUCGGCUGAGAUUGUACCACCAGCUUGGGCUUCUUACUGAGUGUAUGAUGAUGAUGUACUAGUACCUCACGAUUUUGCAGAAGCAGUUGUAAUAAUCUGAAGCCCAUCUUCCGAUUUCUUCAACUUUUAUUGAUGACAUUCUUCUCUCUGCUGUUAA